AUGGGACAGGACGAACACACGGGGAGACCGGCAACGACGUUCAAAUAUUUGAUCAUCGAGAAUCCCGUCAAUGCCCCUGGUGUCACUGUGAUAAAACUCAAUAGACCCGACUCCCUGAACGCCCUGUGCCGAGGUCUCUGCGACGAGCUUGUCGAUCUUCUGAAACGGCUCGACACAGAUGACAACGUCAGGUGCGUCGUCCUCACUGGAGCAGGCGGUAAGGCCUUCGCAGCUGGUGCUGAUAUCAAGGAACUGGCAGAGCUUGACGGUACCGAAGCUGAUGCGCCACACCUACUGGACAAAUGGUCCCAAAUCUCACUAUUUCGGAAACCGAUUGUCUGCGCGGUGAAUGGAUACGCGCUAGGAGGAGGAUGUGAACUUGCCAUGAUGUGCGACAUUGUUAUUGCUAGCACCCAAGCGAUUUUUGGCCAGCCGGAAGUGCAGAUCGGGACAAUACCGGGAAUGGGCGGUUCUCAGCGCCUCCCUCGCGCAGUUGGAAAGAGCCUGGCCAUGGAGAUGAUACUCACAGGUGGAGCCAUUGACGCCGAAAGAGCGGUCCAGGCCGGCCUAGCGAGCCGGGUGGUCGCUCCAGCAGCGUUGGAACACGAGGCUAUCAAGAUUGCAUCCUCCAUUUCGAAGCUCUCUCUACCCAUCGUUAUUCAAGCCAAGAGAUGCGUCCGCCGAGCUUACGAGUUGCCAUUGGAGGACGGACUUUUCUUCGAAAGGCGCACCUUUCAGCAGGCUUUUGCAUACGAAGAUCGAAAGGAGGGGAUGGACGCAUUCGUGCAAAAACGUGCUCCUCAGUGGCAGGACAAAUGA